AUGGCCGAGACUACUGCCAAGCCGCUGCCCCUCCCGUUCAUUUACACCUUCACGGCGGGUGCCGUUGCUGGCGUCACCGAGUUGAUGCUCCUGUAUCCUCUCGAUGUCGUCAAGACGCGCCAGCAGCUCGACACGAGCAAGAACCCGGCCGGCAUGGUGACCGUGUUCAAGAACAUCAUCAAGCAGGAGGGGCCCGCGACCCUGUACCGCGGUAUCAUGGCUCCCAUGAUGAUGGAGGCGCCUAAGCGUGCGCUCAAGUUUGGUGCCAACGGCUGGUGGGGUUCGCUGUUCACCGACAACGGCAAGAAGAAGAUGACCCAGAGCCUCGCGACUAUUACUGGUUGCUGUGCGGGUGCGACCGAGUCGUUUGUCGUCACGCCGUUUGAGCUUGUCAAGAUUCGUAUGCAGGACAAGGCGUCGGCACACCUCUACAAGGGCCCCAUGGAUGUCGUCAAGCAGGUCGUCCAGCAGAAGGGUCUCAUCGGUCUCUACCAGGGCAUGGAGCCGACCUUCUGGCGCCACUGGUGGUGGAACGGCGGUUACUUUGGCUCGAUCUACACGAUCAAGGAGAUUCUUCCCAAGGCCAAGGGCAAGAACGGUGAGAUGAUCAACAACCUCGCGGCGGGUACGUGCGGUGGCUUUAUCGGCACUGUCAUCAACACGCCGUUUGACGUUGUCAAGUCUCGUCUCCAGCUUCACGCGACCGGCGAAUGGACCUACCCCGCGCUCUUCCGCAUCGCGCGCGAGGAGGGUGUCGCCGCGCUGUACAAGGGCUUUGCGCCCAAGGUGCUCCGUCUCGCCCCAGGCGGCGGUGUGCUCCUCCUCGUCGUCGAGGCGCUCUCCGGCGUGUUCCGGAAGCAGCUCGGCCCUCCUUACAUCUAG